CACGCCUGUUCCCCAAGCUGACGUCAAAACAAGGGACAAAGAAGCCAUUCUUUUUCCUUUUUUCAAAAUGCUAAUUCAUUCUUGUUUGAGGUUGUAUUGUCGUUGGAAGCUAGAACAUCGUGUCUUGGAAGAAUAGCAUCGUCAAUUAAGCUUCGUUCCUUUUCAAGUGGAAGUUUCUUUCUAUUCUCCCUUCCUUCGUAAAAAAAACGACCUUUCUAUAUCCGCCGCCACCAUGUCCAAGACGUUCACCCGCGAUGAGGUGGCUAAGCAUAACACCGAAGACUCGGUGUGGUUCGUAAUCGACAGCAAAGUCUACGACGUAUCCGACUUCGUCGACGCCCACCCCGGCGGCGAGUCCGUCCUCCGACAGGUUGCUGGCCAAGACGCCACCGUCGCCUUUUACAACCUUCACCGUCAUGAGGUCCUCACCAAGUACGAGGACCUAUGUAUCGGCACCCUCGAGGGCGAGAAGCCCCAGGUCGUCACCCCCAAGCCCGGCGACAUCAGCACCGUCCCCUACGCCGAGCCCCUAUGGCUCACGCCCCAGUUCAAGAGCCCGUACUACAACGAGAGCCACCACCGCCUGCGCAAGGCCAUGCGCAUCUUCAACGACACUUACAUCACCCCCGAGGCCCAGGCCCGCGAGGCCGACGGCAAGUACAUUAGCCAGGAGCUAGUCGACCGCAUGGCGGAGAAGGGCAUCCUGCACAUGCGGCUGGGGCCGGGGAAGCACCUGCACGGCGUAAACCUGAUGGACGGAGCUGUCAAGGGCGAAGAAUUCGACUACUUCCACGACCUAAUCAUGUCGCAAGAAGGCGUCCGGUCCAACGCGCGCGGGUUCCAAGACGGACAGCUAGCCGGCAUGGUCAUCGGGCUCCCCUGCAUCAUGAACUUCAUGCCAGACGCGCAGCGGCGCAAGGCUAUUAUGGACGAGGUGCUCAGCGGCAAGAAGUAUAUGUGUCUAGCCAUCACCGAAGCCUUCGCCGGGUCCGACGUCGCCGGCCUGCGCACCACCGCCACCAAGACCCCCGACGGCAAGCACUACAUUGUCAACGGCACCAAGAAGUGGAUCACCAACGGUGUUUUCUGCGACUACUUCGUCGUCGGCGUCAAGACCGACAAGGGCCUGAGCGUGCUGCUGAUCGAGCGCGGCGAGGGCGUCGAGACCAAGCCUAUCAAGACUUCGUACUCGCCUGCUGCCGGCACUGCCUAUAUCACCUUCGACAACGUCAAGGUUCCCGCCGAGAACCUCCUCGGCGAGGAGAACAAGGGUAUCUACGUUAUCCUCAGCAACUUCAACCACGAGCGAUGGACCAUGGCCUGCGCCGGAAUCCGAAUGUGCAGAACCAUCGUAGAGGAGUGUCUCAAGUGGUCGCACCAGCGCAUCGUCUUCGGCAAGCGGCUGAUCGAGCAACCCGUGAUCCGACAAAAGCUCGCCAAGAUGAUUGCCCUCAUCGAGUCGAACCAGGCCUGGCUCGAAACCAUUACCUACCAAAUGUGCAACAUGCCCUACAAGCAGCAAUCGCAGUACCUCGGCGGCCCUAUUGGCCUGCUAAAGAUGAGCAUCACCCGCGCCGCGCACGAGAUCGCCGACGAGUCCGUCCAGAUCUUCGGUGGCCGCGGUCUAACUCAAUCCGGCAUGGGUCGCGUCGUCGAGAUGUUCCACCGCACCUACAAGUUCGACGCUAUUCUAGGUGGCGCCGAGGAGGUCCUUGCUGACCUGGGUGUUCGCCAAGCUAUGCGCCAGAUGCCCAAUGCCAAAUUAUAGGCUAACGAGCAUAUGUGGAUUUGUUCAGGAGAUCUAAGUUCUGAUUUCGUGUCAUUGAACAUCGGCAUUCUACAAUUGUAUAUAUAACCAGCUAGGCACGCAUGUGAUGUUAUUAUGGAAAAGACAUAGGAUAGUGCUGUAGCAUAAGCCGCGGCGUUAGGGUAAAUUUAAAUUAGGUAGUGAAUUUAAUUUUGAAGACAACUAGGACGUAUCUUACUAGCCUCAGA